UGUAUUGUCCUGUCACUUUCCUUUUCAAAUAUCAUUAAUGGCCCUAAGGAUAUAUUUGUCGUUAAGGAUUAGACUAGACAUCUUGAGUUGGUUCAAAGGUCUGUUAUAGACUCCUGUCAUGAUCUUGGGUCUCUCUGGUCCUUGGCUCUUGUUCUGCAGAGUGACUAUAAAAUGCAUCUUUUUUGGCUUUUAUCUCAUCAGAGUGUUAGUCAAGUAAAAUGGAAGCUGGCAAAGGGCAUCUGAUUGCUUACUGUGAACACAUUAGAAGGGAGGGAGAAGAGCUUCUUAAGCUAGAGAACAAUUUUGGCAGAAAAAAUGCCUAUAAAUGGAAGGUGGAUAAAUUUGAGAUGGAAAUUUGAAGAAAGUUUCUCAUCAUCAGAUGAGUCAAGCUCCAGAGCACUAUUCCAGGAUGAUUUGGGGGGAGAACGACCUGGUGCAUAAGGUUACCAGAUGGAUGCCAGAGAUAAGCAGCUUUUACGCUCCCUGCGCAUUGAGCUCUGCACAGAUGUGCUGGUGGAUGGACUUGUUAUUCAGUAUCUCUUCCAAGAAGGGAUUCUUACAGACAGUCAUGUUCAAGAAAUAAAAGCCCAAACCACCAGUCAGAGGAAAACUAUGAUGCUCCUUGAUAUUCUCCCCACCAGAGGACCCAAAGCUUUUGAAGUGUUCUUGGAUUCCUUACAGGAGUUCCCAUGGGUUAAAGACAAGCUGAUGAUGAAGCGUAAGGAAAUGACAGUACAAGGUCCUUCAGAUUUAACUGUAAUUGCACCAUGCAUUUUGAAGACUUCACCAACAGAUCAGCAGCUGAACAAGCUUGCGAGGAGGCUGGGACCCGAAUGGGAGCAUGUGGUUCUGUGCUUGGGUUUGUCCCAUACUGACAUCUAUCAAUGUAAAGUCAAUCACCCUCACAACCUGCAGUCACAGAUCGUAGCUGCAUUUGUCCUGUGGAGACAGCGUUUGGGGAAAAAAGCAACAAUCCAAAGUCUGCAAGCCAGUCUGAUAGCAGAAGAAGUGGAUCCUUCUGUGAUGCAGUACAUGCUUCAGGGAAGCCAUGCUAUUGAUUGAGAGCUUCCACGUACUUCGUUAAAUUAGAGAGUGGAAAUGUAUGUUGAAGAUUGGAUGCCUCAAACUAGAAAAAAACUGGAGUUGGGAACUGUGAUUUUAUUAAGCUUAAACAUUCCAGUUUUCUGUGGCAUCUUGUGACUUGUAAUUCUUUUCAUGCCAGAUUAAUUUUUAGCAGGCAUUAAAAAAUGAAUCAUU